AUGGCACAAAAGAAGAAUAGAAUAGAAGAGGCAAACAAAAAAGAAAAAAACAAACCGGUUGAUGAAGUUCUCUUCGAAUCCACUCAAAAUUCUACUACACAUACUGCACAUUGCAAAAUUAACUUUCUGAUUUUUUUGCAACUCGAUUCAGCACCUAGUGGCGGUAGUACUGGUUGUUUUACCGGUGGAGUUGCUAUUGCCGGUUCCAGCAGUAGUGCUGGUUGUUUUACUGGUAGAGUUGCUGUCCGGCAAUUUCAGCUGUAG